AUGGCCUUCCGGAAGGCCUUGAAAAGGACAGCAAUCAUCAGAACCAGGGCGGCCGCUGCUGUUCUGGACCAAUCACAACUGUCAGAAUACAGAAAGACAGAAUAAAUGGGCAUGGGCUGGCGUAUGUAGCAGCCGAGGGGGAGUUACAGCUCUCCACCCUGCAAGACACUGAGGAGUUUGACGUCCUUGUCGUAAGGGGACUGUCCACGGGCUCCGGUUGUGCCUUAGACGCUGUCACAUUUCAACCACUCCACAAACUAUAGUUUUGGCAAGUCGGUUAGGACAUCUACUUUGUGAUUACAGACAGAUUAUUUCACUUAUAAUUCACUGUAUCACAAUUCCAGUGGGUCUAACUGUAAGUCGCUCUGGAUAAGAGCGUCUGCUAAAUGACUAAAAAUGUAAAUGUAAAUGUCAGAAGUUUACAUACACAAGUUGACUGUGCCUUUAAACAGCUUGGAAAAUUCCAGAAAAUGAUGUCAUGGCUUUAGAAGCUUCUGAUAGGCUAAUCGACAUCAUUUGAGUCAAUUGGAGGUGUACCUGUGGAUGUAUUUCAAGGCUCUUUGCUUGCCAGGCUUGUCGCCUGAAGGUACCACGUUCAUCUGUACAAACAAUAGUACGCAAGUAUAAACACCAUGGGACCACACAGCCGUCAUACCGCUCAGGAAGGAGACGUGUUCUGUCUCCUAGAGAUGAACGUACUUUGGUGCGAAAAGUGCAAAUCAAUCCCAGAACAACAGCAAAGGACCUUGUGAAGAUGCUGGAGGAAACAGGUACAAAAGUAUCUAUAUCUACAGUAAAAGGAGUCCUAUAUCGACAUAACCUGAAAGGCCGCUCAGCAAGGAAGAAGCCACUGCUCCAAAACCGCCAUAGAACAGCCAGACUACGGUUUGCAACUGCACAUGGGGACAAAGAUCGUACUUUUUGGCAAAAUGUCCUCUGGUCUGAUGAAACAAAAAUAGAACUGUUUGGCCGUAAUGACCAUUGUUGUGUUUGGAGGAAAAAGGGGACAGCUUGCAAGCCGAAGAACACCAUCCCAACCGUGAAGCACGGGGGUGGCAGCAUCAUGCUGUGGGGGUGCUUUGCUGCAGGAGGUACUGGUGCACUUCACAAAAUAGAUGGCAUCAUGAGGAAGGUAAAUUAUGUGGAUAUAUUGAAGCAACAUCUCAAGACAUCAGUCAGGAAGUUAAAGCUUGGUCGCAAAUGGGUCUUCCAAAUGGACAAUGACCUCAAGAAUACUUCCAAAGUUGUGGCAAAAUGGCUUAAGGACAACAAAGUCAAGGUAUUGGAGUGGCCAUCACAAAGCCCUGACCUCAAACCUAUAGAAAAUGUGUGGGCAGAACUGAAAAUGCGUGUGCGAGCAAGGAGGCCUACAAACCUGACUCAGUUACACCAGCUCUGUCAGGAGGAAUGGGCCAAAAUUCACUCAACUUAUUGUGGGAAGCUUGUGGAAGGCUACCCGAACCAUUUGACCCAAGUUAAACAAUUUAAAGGAAAUGCUACCAAAUACUAAUUGAGUGUAUGUAAACUUCUGACCCACUGGGAAUGUGCUGAAAUAAAUAAAAGCUGAAAUAAAUCAUUCUCUCUACUAUUAUUCUGACAUUUCACAUUCUUAAAAUUAAGUGGUGAUCCUAACUGACCUAAGACAGGGAAUUUUUACUAGGAUUAAAUGUCAUGAAUUGUGAAAAACUGAGUUUAAAUGUAUUUGGCUAAGGUGUAUGUAAUCUUCCGACUUCAACUGUAUGUAUAGUUGUUCAGUGGAGCUUGACGGUAAGAGCCAGUAGGCUACCAUCAGUACGAACCCUCCUCUCUGGUUGUCAGGAAAAAUAUACAUCUAAUGGCCUCUUCUGAUGUCUUCUGUCAGAUCAUGAAAGGGGUUUUCAUGACAAUGGACAUUAGUUGGUUUCUCCCAAAGCCAUAUAUUAAGAGAACGGACACCAUGUUUAUAAUGCAUGCCCAAUACAUUGCGCCUUUAUUCGCAACAACCACUUUAAUGCCUUCUGCAUUCUGCAUUCUUCUUCUUCUUCUAAAGUGUUUGUUUGCACAUUACCUGCCAUUACCAUUACAACUACCCCAAAAUGUAAGGAGAGAGAGAAAAAAGAGAGAGAGAGAGAGGCAGUGGCAGAAACAGAGAGAAGGGAGAGAGAGAAUGAGGAAGAGAGAAAAAAACAGAGAGACAGACAGAGAUACAGACAGAAAUACAGACAGACAGACAGACAGACAGACAGACAGACAGACAGACAGACAGACAGACAGACAGACAGACAGACAGACAGACAGACAGACAGACAGAGAGAGAGACAGACAGACAAAGAGAGAGAGAGUGGGUGUGCGAGAGAGAGAGAAACGGAGAGAGUCAGAGAUAGAGAGAAAGCAGUAGAGAGAGAGAGAGAAACAAGAGAGACAAGGCAAGAAGGGCCUUCUAUGCCAUCAAAAGGAACAUAUAAUUUGACAUACCAAUUAGGAUCUGGCUAAAAAUACUUGAAUCAGUUAUAGAACCCAUUGCCCUUUAUGGUUCUGAGGUCUGGGGUCCGCUCACCAACCAAGAAUUCACAAAAUGGGACAAACACCAAAUUGAGACUCUGCAUGCAGAAUUCUGCAAAAACAUCCUCCGUGUACAACGUAAAACACCAAAUAAUGCAUGCAGAGCAGAAUUAGGUCAAUACCCGCUAAUUAUCAAAAUCCAGAAAAGAGACGUUAAAUUCUAUAACCACUUAAAAGGAAGCGAUUCCCAAACCUUCCAUAACAAAGCCAUCACCUACAGAGAGAUGAACUUGGAGAAGAGUCCCCUAAGUAAGCUUGUCCUGGGCCUCUGUUCACAAACACAAACAGACCCCACACAGCCCCAGGACAACAACAACAACAACAACAACAACAACAACACAAUUAGACCCAACCAAAUCAUGAGAAAACAAAAAGAGAAUUACUUGACACAUUGGAAAGAACAAACAAAAAAACUGAGCAAACUAGAAUGCUAUUUGGCCCUAAACAGAGAGUACACAGUGGCAGAAUACCUGACCACUGUGACUGACCCAAACUUAAGGAAAGCUUUGACUAUGUACAGACUCAGUGACCAUAGCCUUGCUAUUGAGAAAGGCCGCCGUAGGCAGACCAAGAGAAGACAGGCUAUGUGCACACUGCCCACGAAAUGAGGUGGAAACUGAGCUGCACUUCCUAACCUCCUGCCAAAUGUAUGACCAUAUUAGAGACACAUAUUUCCCUCAGAUUACAGCGAUCCACAAAGAAUUCGAAAACAAACCCAAUUUUGAUAAACUCCCUUAUCUACUGGGUGAAAAACCACAGUGUGCCAUCACAGCUGCAAGAUUUGUGACCUGUUGCCACAAGAUAAGGGCAACCAGUGAAGAACAAACACCAUUGUAAAUACAACCCAUAUUUAUGUUUAUUUAUUUUCCCAUUUGUACUUGAACUAUUUGCACAUUGUUACAACACUGUAUAUAUACAUAAUAUGACAUUUGAAAUGUCUUUAUUCUUUUGAAACUUCUGAGUGUAAUGUUUACUGUUAAUAUUUAUUGUUUAUUUCACUUUUGUUUACUAUCUACUUCCCUUGCUUUGGCAAUGUUAACACACGUUUCCCAUGCCAAUAAAGCCCUUAAAUUGAAAUUGAAAUUGAAUUGAAACAGAGAGAGAGAGAGAGAGAGAGAGAGAGAAAGCGGUAGAGAGAGAGAGAAACAGACAGAUUUAGUAUUUUAGUAGUUUAUUAGGAUCCCCAUUAGCUGUUACUGAAUUAGCAGCUACCCUUCCUGGGGUCCACACACAACAUAAAGCAGGACAUAAUACAGGUCCUCUGUAGCUCAGCUGGUAGAGCACGGCGCUUGUAACGCCAAGGUAGUGGGUUCGAUCCCCGGGACCACCCAUACACAAAAAUGUAUGCACGCACGACUGUAAGUCGCUUUGGAUAAAAGCGUCUGCUAAAUGGCAUAUUAUUAAUAGACAAGAAUAGCUCAAGGACUGAACAACACACAUUUAGGCCUCCUUUAGCUCAGUUGGUAGAGCAUGGCACUUGCAACGCCAGGAUUGUGGGUUCGAUUCCCACAGGGGGCCAGUAUGAAAAAUGUAUGCACUCACUAAACUGUAAGUCGCUCUGGAUAAGAGCGUCUGCUAAAUGACUAAAAUUUUAAAACAUUUAAAUAGAUAUUGAGAGAUGGAGUGUGGAGAAAGCGGUGGCGUUGUUGGGUUCUAUGUGUUCUAAUUCUCUGGAACACAGGAAAUAAAACAUUACUAGUGGAGUAAAAUGAAUGUGUUAGCCACCACAGUCAGUUGCUAUUGUUCAUUCACUGUGAAUCAUGAUUUGCAUUGGAUAUCCGUUUUGAAAACACAGUACAGUGUGUAAUUAAGCUAUUUACGAGCCAUCUACAGUAUAUCCCCUCCCUCCAUUCUAGAGAGCUGUUGACUGUAUCCAAUUUGGCUUUCCAGGCAGGCUAAAUCACACACUCAAUGUAUUUGAAAGAAAACUAAUACUAUUUGAACCCAGGUAUAGCCUGCUCCAGAGUGAGAGCUGCCUGGUGUAGAUAUGAAGGUUAUGUUCUAGUAUCCAUACUAGCAUCACUUAUAAUGCAUGCCCAAUACAUUGCUUCAUUCUGAGUGGUAUGCUAGAGUGGAUAUAGGAACAGAGCCGAAGAAGAGUCCUCUGUGAUUACUGACUAAGGGGACUGAGGGGAGAGCUGAGAGCUGGAGCUGACACCACCACUGCUGUGGAUCAUCCCUCUGUAACACAGCCCAGGUCAGCAGCACUCCUCUCUGCUUGACAGCCAGCCAUCCAAGUCACACACACACACAGACACACACAGACACACACACACACACAGAAGCAGUAUGAGUGUAGAGAUGAUUGUACCCAAUGUACUAUGCUAUGACCUACAUCUAAAUGUUAUGAAUGUGUGGGUGUGCAGUUGAUAAAAUUGCUUCUUUGAGUCGUGUAGCUGGUGUACUAGGUGGUGUGCUUGGUUUAACCAUACAUAGAGCUGUCUCAGGGGGAAAGCGCUCUCCAAAACUGGGGAGAAUCAUCCCAUAAGCUUUAGUAAGAUUACUUUCAAACUCCGGUAUAUACCGUAAAUUGACAUUAACUCUGAUUAGGUUGAAAUCCUUUUCUUUGGAUACAUACAGCAGGGUUUACUCAAACACACAAAGAGCAUCAAUUCCAGCCUGAAAUAUUGUACACAGUGGAGUGGAAGCUUUAGUAGGGUGUUUUUUAGGAUGGGUGUGAGUCAACACCAGCUACCGUGUCUCGCUGCAUGUCUCCUCUCUUACUCGGCAGUGUGUGUGUGUGUGUGUGUGUUCUACUUCUGGCCCGACAGCUUGAAGAACACAGCGAGAGCUCUGGGAUGAGUAGUGUGUGUUUGGUCAGGAAAGCGGUGGGAAGCGAUGAGGGGUAGAGGGCACUGCCGCAGAGUACAGAGAAAACAGUGGGGGAGAAAUGAAGACAGAUCAGACUUCCUGCUGCAAAUACAAAUUGUUACACCUUUCCCAUAUUCAAGUCAUUUGAAACAUAUUCAAGUUAUUAGCCUUAUGAACAUAGAAACUUGGUUGCAGUUUCUGUGCCACAACUGUUCAAUUGUUUAAAUACAUCUUUACUGGUAAUCAGAAUGUGUUGUUAGGUGUGAAGUUAUAUGGCUACAAUUUGAUUAAUGUUUGAAGUGUGAUUUUUAUGCUUGCUUACAUAAUGUCUAUUUGUUUGGCCACCACUCAGAUUGUAUUUUGGCCCACCAAGCCCCUGGUCUAAAUGCUAAUGUCUCCAAUUCAUAGUAAACUGGCUGAAUGAAACACCCUCACAACAGAGUGAGUACUCACAGAGGCUGUCUACAAGCAGUGUGACUAACUGGGGUUCCAGUCUGCGUCUCCCAUGCGGCACACAACUCUGUUAGCCCUCUGAGCUAAAGCCUAGGUAAUAAGUCAUAAAGCAAACACAACUCUUCAUGUCUGAGGCAAGGUUAGCUAUCAAGCAAGCAUGGUUCACUAAACCACUUCCGUUACAGCAGCAAGAUAUAUUUUCAUGUUGUUCUGCCUUUUAAACUAGCUGAAAGAUAUACACUGUGGACUGGAGCCCAGCGAACAUGGUCAAUAUUGGACUGAGUAAUUAGCUUGUGGUGACAGACUAUGAUCAAUGGCUCUGGGUGUAUGUGCCCAACUUACAAAUUAUGCCUGUGGUCCGAUGAAGCUGUGAUCAAUAAGACAAUAAUCAAUAUUCACAAGUGUCUGGAGAAGGAAGCAUUCCAUCUCCAUCCUGUUUGUCCUGGAACCAAGGCCACUGACUGACAUUUUUUAAAUGACCCUCUGUUCCCUGCAGCAGUGAAUCGAACAAACACAAAGCACACAUGCACACACACACACACGCACACACAUACACACACACACACACACACACACACACACACACACAACUUUAUGUAGCCUGCAGCAGUGAUUCUAACAAGGAUCUGCCUCCUCCAUAUGUUGGUUACCCUCUAUUUAUUGUAUAUUUUAAUUUUUGAUUUUUCUUCCAAAAAUAAUAAAUUGGGUAUUAUAAGAAAUGUUAUAUUACUUUUCACAAUGCAAAUUGUUUAUAAUAAUAAUAAUAAUAAUAAUAAUAAUAAUAAUAAUAAUAGCCCUUUCAUCUGUUACAUUCACUGAUAAAAUGUACUCAAAAUUUGUCAGCCAAGAUAUUUCAUGUUGAAAAUGUCAUGACUCUGCGAAUGGUGGUCCUCAAGAGGUUUUGAUGGUGAUUUGGAGGUUGUGAACCGCUGCUCUAGGGACACAGCAAUGACAGCUACACAGCUACAAUCCCCAAUUAGACAGGGGUCUAUGAUGCUAUCACAGUUCAUGUUUCUCGUUUUGAACAGCAUGAUUAAACAUGACGUUGGAACAAAUAUCCCACUGUUUUUUUUUCAAGCUUCCAACAAGGAGGAUGGACAUACAAAACCACCCCUAUGAACUUGUGGCAUUAGCUAACUACUACAGGUCCAGAACCAGUUAAACGGAUGGCAUGAACAGAGUGGGCAACGUGGGCAAAUAUCAAAGCUCAUCUUCUCCCCCCUCUUCUAUGACUAAUGAAUGCACAGCUGUCAUCCUCAGUGGGAAAUGGAACAUAGCAUGUUGUGGUGAAACCUGCCUUGAUGCUGUCACCUGCUGAGAAGAUCCUUCAGGUUGGCAGCUGCACCCCCGAAAAAAUAGCAGGGAGGGACAGCCUAUCCUAGCAAGUUCCCUGAACCGACUGUACCGUACAGUGCUGUACAGAACACUGUAUCCUGCCAGUAUGUGUCUGGUCACUGGUGUGUUCUCAGCUCCUGUGUGUGUGACACCGUGCAUAUGACAUCAUCUUCCCCCACCACCCACCCGCCUCUUCUCCCUUUCUCUAGCCACUUCAUCAACAUCCACCCACACCAACAGAGCCCAGAGGCCACCCACUCCAUGCGUCUCUCGUCGCAUCUCUGUCUCUCUGUGUGUGUGUGUGUGUGUGUGUGUGUGUGUGUGUGUGUGUGUGUGUGUGUGUGUAAGAGUGUGUGUCUAUGUGUGUGUGUGCAUCAUGUGUAAGCCCUGGCUCCUGUAACAUUGGCUCAAGGCAGAUGGGAGUGGGCCAUGGUUUGAACAGGAAAGACAAGAAGGGACUUGGACCCAGCUUGGGUCUUGGUUGUGGAGGAGAGGUGUGUGUGCAUGUGCAUGUGUGUGUGGAGGGUGUAGAGAAGGAGUGUAGUCCCGACUACGUCAGCUCAGAUCAGGGCUGGCGAUGAUGAUUCUACAUAUGCAGAGAGCAAAUCCAUCCAAGGGGUAUAACAACUGCCUCUGAUUCACUGUUGUUUUAUGAAUACGAAAAAUAUGAGAAUGAAUAUGUAAUGUCUAAUUCUCUCCUGCUGACAGUGGAGCUAGGAGGCACAGACGGCUUCAUAGAUGAAGUUAUGCUGAAUCAAAGGGUUCUAACAGACGGAUUCAUAGAUGAAGUUAUGCUGAAUCAAAGGGUUCUAACAGACGGAUUCAUAGAUGAAGUUAUGCUGAAUCAAAGGGUUCUAACAGACGGAUUCAUAGAUGAAGUUAUGCUGAAUCAAAGGGUUCUAACAGACGGAUUAAUAGAUGAAGUUAUGCUGAAUCAAAGGGUUCUAACAGACGGAUUCAUAGAUGAAGUUAUGCUGAAUCAAAGGGUUCUAACAGACGGAUUCAUAGAUGAAGUUAUGCUGAAUCAAAGGGUUCUAACAGAUGGAUUCAUAGAUGAAGUUAUGCUGAAUCAAAGGGUUCUAACAGACGGAUUCAUAGAUGAAGUUAUGCUGAAUCAAAGGGUUCUAACAGACGGAUUCAUAGAUGGAGUUAUGCUGAAUCAAAGGGUUCUAACAGACGGAUUCAUAGAUGGAGUUAUGCUGAAUCAAAGGGUUCUAACAGACGGAUUCAUAGAUGGAGUUAUGCUGAAUCAAAGGGUUCUAACAGACAAGAACAAUAAAACUGUCUGUAUCCUGUUAUAUUCUGCCUCAGAAUACAUCUGAGCACCGGAAACUCCAGGCAAUAGUUUUACUCUGGCUCUGGCUCCCCAAUACGUGUGACUAGGGCUGUUACGGUGACCGUAUUACCGCCACACCGGCAGUCAUGAGUCAUGACCGCAGUCAAAAUGACCGUUUUGUCAUUGUAACUAGCCUUUUCCAAGCUCUGAUGCUGCUGAUGGCCAUUAGUAGCCUACCAAACAUGCUAACUUGACUUAAUGAGAAUCCAUGAGCUCAUGUUGCGCAACAUUUCUAUAGGCUAUGCAAUUGCGUGAGAAAACAGAGUUUUGAUGGCCUCUAUUAAAAGAAGGCGGAUCCCAUCACCUUUCUAUAGGCUAGGCCUACUAUAUUUAUUUCUCAACUUUCCUAAUAUUAAGCACAUUGCUUCGCUUUACAACAGGAGAAUAGCAUACUGGCAUGAAAAUGAACCACGGGAAAAGCGUCCUCCAUUCUCUAUUUAAGUGCAUAGAUGACAUGUAUUUCUUUCCCCUGCCCCUGUUUUGAGACAGGUGAUAAUGGUCCAUUCUAAAUCAAAACUAAUUUCACACAUAUAUUAUUUAGUAUAAAGACAAGAUUAUAUUAACAAUAGUCUGAUGGGUGACAAUAUUAGCCUUUCACUUGUGAAUGAUGCCCAGCGUGUGCAGUAAGGCAAGAAACAGCUCAAGCCUUUUUUUUUUCUCGACUUUUUCAAAUAAUAGUCACACACCUCAUGUAGCCUCUCCCAUAGGCCUAUAUGUUGAUAAGGUUUGUAUCACAACUAAAGUGGCCAAAUAACUUCUUAAAAUGAAGCACAUUCAUCCGCUUUACAACCUAACUGGAGGCGCGUGAGUUUCAAGUUUCGGGAAGAUCAUUUUCACCAUAUAAAUGCACCUUUAUAAUAAUGGAUUACAUGCAUAAUCACAUUUACGUUCACUUUUGAGAAUGGUGUUUUGCCGUAAAUGCAUUUUGGAACAUUCACGCUUAUAGCCUACUUCCGUGUGCAUAUUGCUGCGCUUAUAAUGUGAAGAAAUAGCCUAAUAGUUCUGAUCUGUUGCAUCAGCCUCAUUGCUUUUAAAAGGUUUUUUGAUGCGAGUGGUUGUAUUAAUUUGGGAUCUAUCGCAUCCCACAACUGUCCCAGAGUAUGUAUGGAAUAUUUAUUUCUCGCACAGAAGGACAAGUUGACCAAUAGAAUAGGUAAACUUUUGUACUAUAGGGGAUAGUAGAUUGACAUAGGCUAGUGCAUUUGCUGUUUGUUAGGCCUACUCAUCUUGUUGGCUGACGAAAAGUAAAUGUGGACAGUUCUUCUAACAUCUUCAAUAUGCGCCUCGGAAUUUGAUAAGAAGGACACGCGCAGUUGCGUCCCCGAUGUGUCUGUCUUCACUUGUAGCCUACUUCGGAGCUGAGAUACCUGUGAGAAGGACCCGAUCACGUGACGGGCAUUGGCUAAUAAGAAUUGAGAUAUCUGAGAGAGCCAUGAGAGUGAGAGGUGCUUUGGAGCACUGCGAUUGGCAGCCGGGAGAAGGGAAUUCUAAAUAUUAUUCAGCCCAAGGGCACAACGUCCACUUUGGCCGCAAAAGGCAUGGAUUGUUUUAGGGGGCAUUACGGCCACACAAGGGGAAUGCCGCCGGGAAAUUUGAGGCCUGGUGAGAAUAUUAUCAAGUGCUUGUCAAAUUGUGAAUGAGAGACUGAUGAAGUGUGUGCAGCCAGUGCAAGAAACAAAGCAGAGCUCAUGCCUUUCAUGCAACUUUUUUCAAAUCGUCAUUGGAGUCGUAUCAUGCAGCCUUAGAAUGUAUAAAAAAUCUAAACAUAUAGCUUAAUCACAACUAAAGUUGCAUAAAUAACUCUAAAUUAAGCAUAUAAGAGGACCUGUUAUCUUUAACUCUGCAUUGUUGGAAAAGGACCCGUAAAUAAGCAUUUCACUGUUAAUCUACACCUGUUGUUUACGAAGCGUUUGUAUUUGAUUUUACACCCUAGGGAGGCGGGUCUCCCAUGAUUGGCAGGUCUUUCAGCCAUCCAUCAUGCUUAUACAACAGAUUGUCCUCCACCUGAUCAAUAGAAAUAUGUUAUUAUGUCUCAGGGAACUGAGAUGAUAUGUAUGCAAUAGGCCAUUUUGAUCGUCUCAGUUCAUCACUCCCUGAUAUUAGGCAGAAUAAGGACAGCGAGGAGACUUUUGUGUCCAAGAGGAGCACAACAAAAUAUAAAUCCACCCCAGCUGAGAGCUCAGAGCUCUGUGUCUUACCAUACUCAGUGGUGUAAACUACUUAAGUAAAAAUACUUUGAAGUACUACUUAAGUAGUUUUUUGGGGUAUCUGUACUUUACUUCACUAUUUAUAUUUUUGACAACUUUUACUUUUACUUCACUACAUUCCUAAAGAAAAUAAUGUACUUUUUACUCCAUACAUUUCCCCUGACACCCACAAGUACUCGUUAUAUUUUGAAUGCUUAGCAGGACAGGAAAAUUGUCCAAUUCAUGCAUAUACUUAAGUAUAUUUUUGCAAUAAAAUUGACUUUUGAUACUUAAGUAUAUUUAAAACCAAAUACUUUUAGAAUUUUACUCAAGUAGUAGUUUACUGGGUGACUUUCACUUUUACUUUAGUAAUUUUCUAUUAAGAAAUCUUUACUUUUACUCAAGGAUGACUAUUGAAUACUUUUUCCACCACUGACCAUACUACACCUUGAUUAGUUCCCUAACUACAGAGAGAAUCCAUUACUGAAAGGAGGACAUUUAUCAAAUUCCAACUCCAAAACCAAUUGUGAUUAAUCGCAAUCCUCCCCUGAUCGAGAUCGAGGUCUAGAGCCUCCAGUUGUCUGGUAAUUAGAUGUGUGUGUCUAUGUGUGCAUUUGCGUGCGUCUGUGUUUCUUGAUGAGAUGUAUUUUGACCGAAAUGAAUAGCAGGUAAAGUGCAGAGUCAGUAGGGUUUAACACUCCUAUUGGAGCCGUAGGAGCAGAAGAGAAAUCACCAGCAGCUCUCAGCUGCAGGCACUCGACAGGCCUGCCCCCUCUCACCCCCAACCCACCAUCAGUCUCAUACGCAAAUGGGAUGCCUAAACAUGGGAUGGUCAUCACAGUCCUGGCUGUAGGUCUCUUUGCUGACUUACAUUAUAGCCCCAGUCCCCAGAGUGAUUUGUCUGUUAGUGUUUAUGCAGUAGGAGCUGUAAGUGCAAAGACUACAUGCUAUCCUUAAGGAGGGAGAAACGGAGAUGAAAAUCAACAGGCUACAAUUUAUUUAUUACUGGGUGACAGGGAACAGUGAGUUAGGUAUGGAGCUUACAGUCACUGUCAAUGACUGACCAACGCCCAGAGCUGAUUUCCAUUUUCCAGUAAAUGUUGUUUACUUCAUUCUGAGUGUUGUUUGUUUUGAUUUUGUUGUCCUUUUGGCUUUUGAAUAUCAAUAGCUUUUAUGGUGAACACACACGUCUGGACCAUUAACUAAAUGGACUGUACAAAAUCUGCACUUAAUUUAUCCACAGAGCUGUGCAACAGAGUGCAAAAAUCUAAUUGACAAGCACAUUUAGGCACACCGAUGUCAACACUAGUGUAGUCUGUACCUCUACAACCUUUUACAUACAGACCAAUGGGCUAUGACUAACAGAAUACUGUUUUGAAGAAGAAAAAGGUUAAGAUAGAAUAUACAGCGCAUUCGGAAAGUAUUCAGACCCCUUGACUUUUUCCACAUUUUGUUACGUUACAGCCUUAUUCUAAAAUUGAUUAAGCUGUUUUUUUCCCCUCAUCAAUCUACACACAAUACCCCAUAACGACAAAGAAAAAACAGGUUUUUUUUUUUUUUUUGUUUAACAAAUGUAUUAACAAUAAAAAACGGAAAUAUUACAUUUACAUAAGUAUUCAGACCCUUUACUCAGUACUUUGUUGAAGCACCUAUGGCAGCAAUUACAGCUUCAAGUCUUCUUGGGUAUGACGCUGUAUUUGGGGAGUUUCUCCCAUUGUUCUCUGCAGAACCUCUCAAGUUCUGUCAGGUUGGAUGUGGAGCAUCGCUGCACAGCUAUCUCUCCAGAGAUGUUCGAUCGGGUUCAAAUUAUGUGGAGCUACUUGUAGCUCUCUAAUGCUUUAAUCUUUAAUCACUCAUUCAGAUAGAAAUAGAAUUGUUUCCAAAAAUAAUUAGCAUAGCAUGUUUUGCAGUUCCACGCAUGUUCAACAUACAGCAAGAGAUCAAUUAUCUUUAAUCAUUUUCAAAGAAAACAACAGACGCUUUUAUAGCAACACCUAUUUAACUAAUUUCUCUGCCUCUGUCCACAGAUACACCAAGAUGAAGACAUCCACCAACAUCUACAUCUUUAACCUGGCUCUAGCGGAUGCCCUAGCCACCAGCACACUCCCCUUCCAGAGCGCCAAGUACCUGAUGGGGACCUGGGCGUUCGGAGAGGUCCUCUGUAAGGUGGUCAUCGCCAUCGACUACUAUAACAUGUUCACCAGCAUCUUCACCCUGACCAUGAUGUCUGUGGACCGCUACAUCGCUGUGUGCCACCCAGGUAAAAGGAGAGAAGCAUUCCACAUGGCACCCUAUUCCCUUUAUAGUGCACUACUUUUAACCAGAGCCUAGGGAAGCUCUGGUCAGAAGAAGUGCACUUUAUAGGGAAUAGGGUGCCAUUUGGAAUGCAGACUGAUCAACUCCUAUCCUCUCGCGUAAAUAAAUGAAAGGGUGCUUAGAGCCAAUAAUCGACCACAUAAAAAAUGAAAAAAGGCCAGCACUCUUAACUUAAUUUUCUGUGUGUCACCCAGUGAGAGCCCUGGAGUUCAGGACGCCCGCCAAGGGUAAGAUCAUCAACGUUCUGAUCUGGGUUCUGUCCUCUGCCAUCGGAGUGCCCAUCAUGGUCAUGGCGGUGACCAAAAUGACAGACAGUGGUGAGACAGCAGCGUUAAACUAGCUAGCACGUUUUUUACACUUCUUUCAAAGGAUUUCUUGUAUAGCCUCACUCAUAUUGGAGUUUUCGUCAUUUGAAACUCAACAUGUUUUGGAAUUCUUCAGUUGAAUUUAUGUUUUUUUUAAUCCCAUUAAAUAAGGGGAUAAGUACCUCUUCCUGCAAAUUUACAGUAUAUUAUAUCUUUGGUCAAAAUAUCAAUUAUCUCUAUAACAUAAACCUCCUACAGUCUCCUCUCUAAAUAUGUUUGACUCCUUUCCUUCUCUCCUUCACCCCUCGCUCCGCCCCUUCACCCCUCGCUCCGCCCCUUCACCCCUUGCUCCGCCCCUUCACCCCUCUCCUCCUAGGUCAGACUAUGUGCACGUUGAAGUUCCCCGACCCUGACUGGUACUGGGACACGGUCACUAAGAUCUGCGUGUUCAUCUUUGCCUUCGUCGUCCCUGUCACGGUCAUCACCAUCUGCUAUGGUCUGAUGAUACUGCGUCUGCGCAGCGUCCGCCUGCUCUCAGGCUCUAAGGAGAAGGACCGCAACAUGCGCCGCAUCACCCGCAUGGUCCUCGUGAUUGUCGCGGCCUUCAUCAUCUGCUGGACGCCCAUCCACAUCUUCAUCAUCAUCAAGACCCUGGUGGAGAUCGACUCUAGGUAAGUAUUUAUGUUUUGUGUAGUUUUAUUUUCUUGUUGAUUUUACUGUGUGCUUUAUUGCUUUUUUAUUAAUCUUGCUGAUUUUAUUAGGUCAAAUUACUUCGAAAAAGGGCGUAAAAUGAAUUAUACAUAAUUUAUGAUUAUUUAUUAUUAACAGGAACCCCUACGUGAAAGCCAGCUGGCACCUCUGCAUUGCGCUGGGCUACAUGAACAGUAGUCUCAACCCCGUUCUCUACGCUUUCCUGGAUGAGAACUUCAAGAGGUGCUUCCGGGACUUCUGCCUGCCCUGCCGGACCCGCAUGGAACGCAACUCCCUCAACAGGGGUCGGAAUGCCAACCGGGAACCCGUGUCCGUCUGCGCUCCGACUAUAGCUGGGACGGAAAAUAAGCCCGUAUGA